UCGCCGAAUUUUUCGCCUUUAAAUCAGUGCGCCGGCUCAUCCUCUGCAGUUUGAAGCUGCACCGCACGAACGGAGGCUGAUCAUGAAUAUAAAACACAUCAGAUUCGUCAUAUAAUGGGGAUCGAGGACGCGAGCAUGAGGAACGGACGGGCUCUGUCCGAUCAGUGGGCCGACAGCGUGGUUGUCCGGCCCCGGACGACCGAGCAGCACAUCACGGUGAAUAAGAAACUUGUGCUGGGCUUCGCCAUCUCCAUCCUCGCCCUCAUCGUAGUCACGGCCAUCGCAAUCACGCUCAGCGUCAGCUUCGAGAGAUGCGCCGCGGAGAGCAGCGGGGGUCUGGCAGCGAACGGCUCCAGCAACAGUAAGUGGAAACAGUCCCGGGACGGAAACAUCAGUCACAGAGACUCAGAAGACGGCCAGCAGCCCUGGAGACAUCUGCGCUUACCGUCCACCCUGCGCCCCCGCCACUACGACCUCCGACUGUCCGUGUACAUGGAGAACUUCACCUUCUCCGGCGAGGUGAACAUUGAGUUUGAAUGCGUCCGCUCCACGAAGUUCAUCGUGCUGCACACGGACCGGCUGGAGGUGGAGAAGGUGCUGGUGUAUUCGGACAGUAAGAAAGCGGGCGCCAUGAGGAUCCAGCGUCGCUUCCACUACCAGCCCAAGCAGGUGUAUGUGAUCGCGCUGCACAGAGAGAUGAAGCCUCUCAGAACUUACAAGAUCAACAUAACUUUUCACGCGCACAUUGAGCACGAGCUCCUGGGCUUCUUCCGCAGCUCGUACGUGCUGAAUGGAGAAAAAAGAUUUCUUGCAGUGACGCAGUUCUCACCGACUCACGCUAGAAAGGCCUUUCCGUGUUUCGAUGAGCCCAUCUAUAAAGCCACAUUCAGAGUGAGUCUGAAACACGAGAGCUCGUACCAGUCGCUGUCCAACAUGCCAGUGGAGGCCUCAACGUCUGACGAGGACGGAUGGGUGACCAACCAUUUCUCCAGGACGCCCCGCAUGUCGACGUACUAUCUUGCCUGGGCCGUGUGCAACUUCACCUACAGAGAAGCAGUUACAGACAAUGGAGUUGUGAUUCGGCUGUACGCCAGACCUGACGCCAUCCAGAGCGGAUCGGGGGACUACGCUCUGCACAUCACCAAGAGACUCCUGCAGUUUUACCAGGAUUACUUCAAAGUCAAAUAUUCCCUCCCUAAAUUAGAUCUCCUGGCAGUGCCGAAGCAUCCGUAUGCAGCCAUGGAGAACUGGGGCCUGAGUGUGUUUGUGGAGCAGAAGAUCUUGUUGGAUCCUGACGUCUCUUCCUUCUCCUAUCAGAUGGAGCUCACCAUGGUGGUGGUGCACGAGAUCUGCCAUCAGUGGUUUGGGGAUCUAGUCACACCGGUUUGGUGGGAGGACGUUUGGCUGAAGGAAGGAUUUGCGCAUUACUUCGAGUACAUCGGGGCUGAUUUCCUCUUUCCAAAGUGGAACAUGGAGAAGCAGAGGUUUCUGACUGAUGUUCUUCAUGAGGUGAUGUUACUGGACGGUUUGGCCAGUUCUCAUCCAAUCUCUCAGGAAGUGUUUGAAGCCACAGACAUCGACAGAGUGUUUGACUGGAUUGCGUAUAAGAAGGGAGCCGCGCUGAUCCGUAUGCUGGCUAACGUCAUGGGACAGCCGCUAUUCCAGAGAGGCCUCAAUGAUUACUUGAUGACGCACAUGUACGGGAACGCGGCGAGAGAUGACUUGUGGAACAAAUUCUCUGAGGUCAUGCAGCGGGAGGGAAAGGACAUCAACAUCACGCAGGUCAUGGACCGCUGGACCCUGCAGAUGGGCUACCCUGUCGUCACCAUCAGCAAGAACGACAGUCUUGACAACAGUGUCACCAUCUCACAAGAGCACUUCGUCUAUGACACGGACGCUAAGAUCCAGAAUCCUGAGCUGUUCAACAACAGCUUCCAGUGGCAAAUACCGCUUACGCUGGCAGUGGGAAACUCCAGUCACAUAUCAACAGAGACCAUCAUUUGGGUCUCCAAUAAAACAGAGACACACAAAGUGGGACACGUGGACGGUGAGACGUGGUUGCUGGGCAACAUCAAUCAAACAGGCUACUUCAGAGUAAACUACGACCUUCACAACUGGAGACUUCUGAUUCAACAGCUGAUGACCAACCCAACGAUCAUCUCCGUGGGCAACAGGGCCGGUCUGAUUGAUGACGUCUUCAACCUGGCGAGAGCGGGGUAUUUGCCCCAAAACGUCCCCCUGCAGAUGAUCUCAUAUUUGUCUCAGGAGACCGAGUUUCUGCCGUGGCACGCUGCUAGUCGAGCUCUUUACCAGCUGGACAAACUCCUGGACCGCACUGAAGACCACAGCCUGUUCAGCGACUAUGUUCUAAGACAGGUGGAACCGAAGUAUCACAAGUUGGGCUUGCCGGCUGCUUCCCCUGACGGCUCCUUCAUGCAGGUGGCUUAUCAGGCCGAAGAGUUGCAGAGAGAGGUGAUGAUGCUGGCCUGCAGUUUUGGAAACAAACACUGUCACCGGCAGGCUGUUUCUCUCAUUUCAGACUGGAUUUCCAGCAACAAGAACAGUCCUCUGUCCCACAGGAUUCCACCCAACGUGCGGGACAUUGUGUACUGCACAGGCGUUUCUCUGAUGGAUGAGGAUGUGUGGGAGUUUAUCUGGAUGAAGUUUCACUCCUCUACAGCCAUCUCUGAGAAGAAGGUUCUCUUGGAGGCCUUAACCUGCAGUAACAACAUCUUCCUGCUCAACAGGCUCCUGAAUCUGUCCCUCACCUCUGACCUGGUGCCGGAUCAGGACGUGAUCGAUGUCAUCAUACAUGUGGGCCGCAAUCCGCUGGGAAGACAUUUAGCAUGGAGAUAUUUCCGCGAGAAGUGGGACAUCUUGAAUUCCAGGUAUGGCGAAGCCUUAUUUAUGAACUCAAAAUUAAUCAGCGGCGUGACAGAGUUUCUCAACACUGAGGCUGAGUUGAAUGAGCUGAAAGAGUUCAUCCUCACCAGCGGGGGAGAGUCAGCACCUGCGUUUGCUCGAGCUGUUGAGAUCGUUCAAACUAAUGUAAAAUGGCACAUCCUGUUCCAACAACAGUUUUACCGGUGGCUGUGGAAAGCUCCCGAUGGUUAGCCUCUAUUAGCAUGGAAACCCUAUCAGACAUUUCCAGGCCAGACACAUGAGGACACUUACGUGCUAUUAAAAAUGAAACAUUUAUGGACUCUGAGAAGCAGCAGAAGUGAACUCCUAUUUCCCUGCUGUUCAUGAAACAACCAGGCACCGGCAGACCAAGACAAAUUCCCAGAGAACAGUGUCACCCUGCUGGCCAGCACAGCCACUGCACCAGAGACAAUAUAAAGGGGAGGAGAUGGACAACUUGUAGAAAAUUCAUUGAAGAAAUUGCAA